AUCCAUUAGAGGGGGGGCGAGGUAGCAGGCUAAUGCGGACGAUAAUGCCUCGGAAGUUCCGAGGCCGAUUGUGUCCCGUGUGGUACUGCGUGCUGUUCUUUAUCGUCUGGAUCUUCUUCUCCUGGGUCUUCUUCUACACCGGGGAAGGGGCGACGGGAGAUGAUAACCUGGAGAGUUGGUUCGUGGAUAAGGAAUUCCCCGAAGGGUUUCACUGGGGGGUGGCCACUGCUGCCUACCAGAUCGAAGGCGCCUGGAACAAAGACGGGAAAAAGGAGAGCAUCUGGGACGAAUUCGCCCAUCGUCGACCGUCUCCCAUCAAGGACGGGUCGACGGGGGAUGACGCCUGUAUGUCCUAUGACUUCUACAAGUCUGACGUCAAGAUUCUUCAACAGCUCGGGGUUAGGGUGUACCGGUUCAGCAUCUCGUGGUCUCGAGUGUUACCCGAUGGGACAACCAACUCGGUGAACGAACAGGGAGUCCUCUACUACCGCAACCUCAUCGAGCAACUAUUGUCAAAUGGCAUUGAGCCUAUGGUGACUUUGUAUCACUGGGACCUGCCCUUGGCACUGCAGAAAAAAGGCGGCUGGCUCAGCAAAGAUUCCGCAAAAUGGUUCGAAGAUUACUCCCGCUUCUGCUUCGAUACUUUUGGCCCCAAGGUAAAGCUAUGGGUGACGCUGAACGAGCCCUGGGUCGUGUCAGUAAUCGGUUUCGAGAAAGGAGAUCACGCACCGGGAGUGAAGGAUCCGGGGGUCUCGCCCUAUAUAGUGGCCCACCAUCUCCUCCUCGCUCAUGCCAAGGCGUACAGGAUCUACCAGCAGCAUUACCGAAAACUCCAAAAAGGUCUGGUGGGGAUAGCCUUGAAUACUGACAACUUCAAAGCUGCCUCUGGCAGCAAGCGCGACGUCGUCGAUCGAGCCUUCCAGUUUCACCUGGGAUGGUUUGCCCAUCCGAUUUUCUCCAAAGAAGGAAAUUACCCUGGCAUCAUGAUGGACAGAAUCGCCAUGAACAGCGCCAUGCAAGGCUAUAAUUAUUCUCGACUUCCUUCAUUUAACCUCGAUGAAAUCCAGUUCAUCAAAGGCUCAGCGGACUUCCUGGGCUUGAAUUCCUACGGGACAACCUUGGUGUCCGACGAUCCAGACACGGUCAAACGAGGUCCGAGUUACACGAAUGACUCGAAAGUCAUCAAGCAAGCCAACCCAUACUGGGAAACGACCCCGAUGGGGUGGCAGUUUUAUCCCGAUGCCCUGAAGGAGAUACUAGCGUGGAUCAGGGACGAAUACAACAAUCCGCCAGUCUAUGUCACAGAAACCGGAUUCCCAGAUGACAAGACCAUGCUCGAGGACCGAGCCAGGAUCAAUUUCCUUGAGGAGAGCAUUCGAAACGUGUGGGAAGCGAUUCAAUAUGGAAGCGCCGUCCGCGGAUUCAUCGUCUGGUCACUCAUGGACAACUUCGAAUGGGCUAUGGGCUACUCGGUGCGGUUCGGGUUGUAUGAGGUGGACUUCAAUGACCCGAAGAGAACGAGGACGCCGAGGAUGUCGGCUUACUUCUACCAGAAUGUGACCCAGAAAAACGCAUUGUCAGGAGUCUAAGGGGUGGCUCACGAAUUCCAAUCCAUUUCCCUCCUCUAUUUAUGCUGAUAUACGC